CACGCGGCACAACUGAGGGAGACAACUGUGCUGUGAACCAGAUUGCCUGCCUGCUUCCCUCCUGGCGGCAUUCGACAGUGGCUGAAAGGUUUUCUUAAGUAUUGGGAAAGGUGAAGUGCCCCAAGAAAAAGUGAACGCUGAGGAAUUCUACUUUAGAUUUCGUCAAGAAGGAUAGGAUGUAUCAUUCAUGUCGUUUUACCAUUUAGAAGCACGCUCUUUGGAAUCAGGUUUACAAUUCCGGCGACCGAGAUUUCAAGUCGUUUCUGGAGAGGCGAAAAUACAGUAACGUAACAUCAGAACAAUCCGUCUGGUCCCAGCAUUUGGCCACACAGCUUUAAUGAAGAAACAGACCUGCUAACAAUAUCGCUGAAGGGGACCCUCCUGAACAAGUAUGGGGUCACCAUGGAAACCACUUCUCCUCCUGUCCAUCAUCGGUGGCCUUUCAGACUUUGCCAAAGCCGUUGCGGGAAGGCCUGUAUCUUAUGCGGCAUUGUUGAGGAUGAAACCGGACAGCUCUUCCUCAUUGCUUAAUUCACGGACCAGACCUCGACACGACCGUAGCAGAGGGCCGUCGUCUCCUGACUGGCCGUCUUUCCCCAGUCACCACCUGUCAGCCCUAAGUCAGCUCAGCUCUCAGGAGGACUACAGGAGUGAAGAGAAUGAAGAGUUUGGACCAGUAUUCAUCCAGGAGCCCGAAGAUGGCAUUUUUGCGUUGGACUCAGAAGAGAGGAAGGUGAUGAUGAACUGUGAAGCACGAGGCAAUCCUCCACCUACGUACAGUUGGCUCAUCAAUGGGACAGAGGUGGAUGUUGAAUCAGACUAUCGCUACACCUUUAUCGACGGAAACUUGAUCAUAACCAAUGCAAGCGAAGUCACGGAUUACGGGAGAUACCAGUGCAAGGCAGAUAAUAGCUAUGGAACAAUCCUGAGCCGAGACGCCCUCUUGCAGUUUGCUUAUCUGGGUGCCUUCAGUGAGAGAAAACGAGGAGACGUCUCUGUGCGUGAAGGACAGGGCGUCGUGCUGAUGUGCACUCCUCCCGCCCACUCUCCAGAGAUAAUAUACAGCUGGGUGUUCAAUGAGUUUCCCUCGUUCGUGGCCGAGGACAGCCGGCGCUUCAUCUCCCAGGAAACCGGCAACCUGUACAUCUCCAAGGUGCAGCCCUCAGACGUGGGUAGCUACAUCUGUCUGGUGAAGAACACGGUGACCAACGCACGGGUCCUGAGCCCACCGACACCGCUGAUACUGAAAACAGAUGGUAUAAUGGGAGAAUAUGAGCCAAAAAUUGAGGUGCAUUUUCCUACCUCUGUUCUGACUGCUAAAGGAGUGACUGUGAGACUGGAGUGCUUUGCCCUGGGGAAUCCUGUGCCAACUAUCACAUGGAGGAAGAUCAAUGGCAACAUUCCCAAAAAGGCCCGGCUUCGAAAGUCCCAGGCUGUGCUGGAGAUUCCCAACAUCCAGCUGGAAGACUCAGGGAUGUAUGAGUGCAAAGCAGAGAAUCCAAGGGGCGGUACAGCCUUCAAAGGCCAUCUUCAGGUCUACACCUACCCACAAUGGAUCAGCAUGAUUAAUGACACCCAACUGGAUAGUGGAGAUCGUCUCCAGUGGGAGUGCAAGGCCACAGGGAAGCCCAGACCUGCCUAUCGCUGGCUGCGCAACGGUGUCCCAGUCACCCCUCAGAGCAGAGUGGAAAUGGUGAAUGGAGAACUGGUCAUCCAGAAAGUGCAGCAGGCAGACUCCGGAAUGUACCAGUGCGUUGCAGAAAAUAAAUACGGUGCCAUCUACUCCAGUGCAGAACUCAAAAUCUUAGCAUCAGCCCCAAUCUUUUACUCCAAUCCUGUCAGGAUUAUUGCUACGCUUGGGAAAGACGUGUCACUGGAGUGCAAGCCCAGGGCAUCACCAAAGCCAAGGAUAACAUGGAGAAGAGGAGACCGAAGGAUACAGCCCAGCAGGAGGAUUAUGCUGUUGCGGAACAACACUCUGAGAAUCGUUAACUCCAGCCGAGCGGAUGAGGGGAACUAUGUGUGCCGAGCUGAGAAUCAGUUUGGCUCAGCAGAGAUGACUGCCAUGCUGUGGGUAAAAGAGGCCAUGCGUGUGGAGCUUAGUCCCAGCAGAGUGGAGGUGACGGUGGGGGAGAGCGUGGUUUUGAGCUGCAAGGCAACACAUGACCCAUCACUGGAUGUGGCUUUCCAGUGGCUCCUCAACCAGAAACCUUUAAACUUCCAACAGGAUGGCAACCACUUUGAAUACAUCCAAACACAGUCCUCAACGGUGGAUUUGAUGAUAAGGAGCAUUCUGCUGAAGCAUGCUGGGAAAUACGGCUGCCGGGCUCAGACCAGUGCUGACACGGUGUUUGCAGAGGCAGAGCUGCUUGUUAGAGGUCCCCCAGGACCCCCAGGAGUGGUGAUAGUGGAGGAGAUCACAGACACCACCGCCACUCUGUCCUGGAGUCGUGGGGUGGACAACCACAGCCCUAUCAGCACCUAUAAUUUACAGGCCCGCAGCCCAUUUUCAUUAGGCUGGCAGACUGUCAGAACAGACCCAGAACCAGUCAUAGGGGACCUAGAGUCAGCCAUGGCUGUGGACCUCAACCCCUGGGUGGAGUAUGAAUUCAGAGUAGUGGCCAGCAAUGCUAUUGGGACCGGGGACCCUAGUGCUCCUUCCAGAGGGGUUAGGACAAAAGAAGCAGUACCAUCGGUGGCUCCAGCUAAUGUAAGCGGGGGAAAUGGCCGCAGGCAUGAACUGGUCAUCUCGUGGGAGCCUGUGUCUGAAGAAUUCCAAAACGGUGAAGGCUUUGGGUACAUUGUGGCAUUCCGAGCCAACGGGACGCGAGGUUGGAAGGAGAAAAUGGUGACAUCUGCAGAUUCCACAACUUACAAGUAUAGAGACGAGACCUUCCCUCCCCUAACCCCCUUUGAAGUGAAGGUGGGGGUGUACAACAACAAGGGUGAUGGACCCUUCAGCGGGAUGGUCACCGUCUACUCUGCGGAAGGGGAGCCAAGAGAGGCCCCAUCUGACAUGAAGGCUUCCAGCAUUUCUUCAUCGGAAAUUAGGGUCACUUGGAAACCGCCCAAUCCUGGUCCUGGAAGACCACAAGGAUAUGAAGUGUGCUACUGGAAGGACAUGGAACAGGAGGAGUCAGGAAAGAGGAGGAGGACUUUAGGAAAUGAGACCUCCAUGGUGCUGACAGGACUGGAGGGCAACAGCGUGUAUUCCAUCACAGUGAAAGGCUUCAACAGCAUCGGCCAGGGCCCCGCCAGCAGUGCUAUCACAGCCAACACCAGGAAAGACCCUCCAGUUCAGCCUCCUAGCAACCUCAUGUGGAUUCAAGAGGGCAAUAAUGUGUCUUUGAGCUGGGACCCAGUCAGAUCAAAGGACAAUGAGUCCGCUGUCAUUGGAUACACGGUCCUACUAAGCCAAGAAGGAAGAGGACACCAUCAGGUGACCAGGACCAUCAACCCCUCCGUGGUGCUCUCAUUGCCAGAGGGUGGCACCUAUAUCAUGGAGGUGCGGGCAGUUAGUGAGGGUGGCGAGGGGGCAGCCAGCUCCCAAGUCCGAGUGCUCACUUCCUCUGGUGUCCGAGCCAAAAGUGGCCAGUGCUCGUUGCACAGUGGCCUGCCACUGGGCCUGAUGUGGACGGUUCUGCUCCUGGUUCCUCUGGUGCCUUCAGCUUCUUAGUGAAGCCUCCAAGCCACCCUCAUCUCCCUUGUGGGACCCAGCCGCCUUCUUCUCCUCCAUCCCCCAGACUGUCUGCUUGCUUUGGCCUUACCUGUCCCACAGGGCCUGGGGCCUGGGAUCAGCUGAGGGGGUACUGCUUCUGCCAGUAAAGGACGGUCUCAGAUAACACCUCAACUCUUUUGUUUCCUGUUCUUGUUGAGCCUGAACUUUUGACUUUUUUUUGCCAUUCUUUCCAACAUCACUGUAGUGUUGUACUGUAGUGUACAUUGUGUGGAAAGACUUGUUUUAUAAUUUACAUUAACUUUAUGGGGCGUUUUCCUAUUGACUGGCAUCUAACUACUUCCAGACGGCUCCUGCAGCUCUGGGGCUUCACAGACCGUGAACAAUUCCCCGAAAGCUGCUGUGGCUGUAAUACAGGGAUCAGCCGGGCUGCUUCUUUUCAUUACUUAUCUGCAUCAAUUUACCCCUUGGCUGCCUAACAAGCAACCCAGCAACAGCUCAGUAGAGAUAAGUGCAUUGUUUUUCUUAUUCACACAUGAAGGGAAAAAAGUUUUUUAUAGUACUGAGGAUAUUACUAUUUCCAGACUUGCUUUUUGUACAUUGUGUUACCUUUAGAGAAAAACAGUGGUGUGUGUCUGCUACGUCAAAGUUUCUGUUGUCCUGGUAGCAAAAAGCAGUGCUUGGUGCCAUGUGGACUGGUGGAUGUAGAGGAGGUGGAAGACAGGGGCUCACCUGUAGUGCCCAAACACAUUAGACAAAGAUGAUGACUCUGUGAUGACUCAUGGUGUCAGUACAAAUAAAUGUGAUGUAUUU